CCAACUCUCAACUGAUUUCCGACUUUGAUUGAGGAUGUUACGCGCAAUAAAACAACUGCCGGGGCACAUUUGGCUGCAGCUAAACCACGGAGCUCUUUGAAUUGCCCCCUAAAUGCUAUACAUCGGGUUCUCUCAUGACGGAUUGUACAAACCCGUCCAACGAAGCCUGUGAAGCUGGAUUGAACUAACCUAGAAUCUCUGAAAUCAAACGACCAUCUUUCUUUCGUGAAAUCCUACCGUUAAUCGCUCGUAAAAAUCAUGAAGACGACUGAAUAGAAGUAGUCAAGUCUGCCACAGCGACCGAAACUGAGAGAUGGUACACCAGCGCAGUAUAGCUCCCAAGGUUUCAAGAAUACCAGAGAACCAUCGACUGAGAGUCCAUAGGGGCUCCCGCCACAGCUCGUCCUUCGGUGAUAACCUCAAAUAUGACAACAGAGUCGCGAACUCAUGAUGACUACACUGUGGGAUGGAUGUGCGCACUGCCUAAGGAGCAGACUGCUGCGACAGCCAUGCUAGAUCGAAGACAUGCCGACUUGCCCAAUCCUUCAACCGAUCACAACAUAUAUACUCUAGGGUCGAUUGGGAAUCAUAAUACUGUCUUCGACGACAAUAAUGAAGACGAAGUAGGAGAAAACUGCCGGCGUUGCGACAAGGCCCAAAUCAUCAAGAGGACGUCCCGAGCCAUCCGUGUUCAUUAUGGUCUGAUUGCAUCAGGUAACCGGGUCGUCAAGAACGCCGCUUUCAGAGAACAGGUUAACAAGGAUCUGGGCAACAAGUUUCUUUGCGUAGAAAUGGAGGCAGCGGGCCUAAUGGACAACUUCCCGUGCAUCGUCAUUCGAGGUAUCUGCGAUCAUGCCGACUCGCACAAGAACAAAGACUGGCAGGAGCAUGCAGCCGCUGUGGCGGCGGCAUUCGCAAAGGAAGUCUUGGGAUAUGUGCAGCCUAGUGAUGUUGCACAUGAGGGGGCGGUAAAGGACCAACUCAGGAAGGAGGUCAGCACCAUUGCCCAAGAUGUAAGACAUCUUUGUAAGAGCCUAUCUAGCGAAGAAGAUGGUGAGAUUAUGAACUGGUUAACACCAAUCGACUAUGGUACUCAACAGAGCGACGUUCUCAGGAGGCGACAACAGGGAACAGGCCAAUGGCUUAUCAACUCUUACGAGUACCAAACUUGGCUGAAUACGAGCAAGCAGACACUAUUUUGUCCAGGGAUCCCCGGAGCUGGGAAGACAAUCCUCACUUCGAUAGUGAUCGAAAACCUUUCUACCCGGUUUCAGAAUGACCAGAGUAUUGGUAUUGCGUACCUUUACUGCAACUUCCGACGACAAGCCGAGCAUAAUAUCAAGGAUUUACUGUCAAGUCUGCUAAGACAACUUGCUCAGACACAGUCUUCCUUGCGGGGGAGCGUCAAAGAUCUCUAUGAUCGGCACAAAGCGAAACGGACAAGACCAUCACUAGAAGAGAUCUUGACAGCAGUACAGUCUUUCCUGACGAUUUAUUCUAGAGCGUUACUUAUUGUUGACGCACUUGAUGAAUGCCAACUUUCUAAUGGGUGCCGUUUCAGGCUCACACAUGAGAUCCUAAGUCUACAGACCAAGACCGGAGCGAACUUCCUUGCAACUUCGAGGUCCAUACCAGAAAUUAUGGAAAAUUUCGAUGGGGUUCCAUCAGUGCACAUCCGUGCUAGUGAAGACGAUAUCCAUAGAUACCUAGAUGGCCAAAUGUCGCGGGUUUCGAGAUGCGUUAAGAGGAAAACUCGAUGGUUUCCGGACGCACAGCUUGAAAUUACCACAGUCUGUACCACCUACCUUUCAUUCCAAGACUUUGCGAACGGAUAUUCUCAAAACGACGAGGAGUUUCAGCAGCGGUUCAAGUCGCACCCUUUCUACGACUACGCGGCUCAUAACUGGGGACACCAUGGCCGCAACUCCUCGACUUGCCAGAAAAUUCUACACGUUCUCCAGAAGCAAGGUCAAGUUGAGGCGUCGAGUCAAGCAUUGUUAGCUUUUAAGCGGGGCGCAUGGAAUCCGAAUUUCAGUCAAGAGACCCCAAAACAAAUAACUGGACUGCACCUAGCAGCAUGUUUCGGCCUUGAGGAAGCAGUGACGGAUUUAUGGGAUAUAUAUUAUGUAGAUGCAACAGAUAUUGGUGGCCGGACGCCGCUGUCUAGGGCAGCAGAGGGAGGGCACGAGGCCGUCGUCCGGCUGUUGCUCGAGAAGGGGGCCGACAUCGAGGCCCAAGACAAGGAGGGCUGGAGGCCGCUUUUGUGGGCAGCAGAGGGAGUGCACGAGGACGUCGUUCGGCUGCUGUUCGAGAAGGGGGCCGACAUAGAUGCCCUAGACAACUGUGGCCGGAUGGCGCUGUCGUUGGCAGCAGAGGAAGGAUACGAGGCCAUCGUCCAACUACUACAGCUCGCCCAACAAACCAUAACACAAACUUGA